CGGCGCAAGCGCAGGGCGGGCGGGCGGCGCGGCGUCAGUCCGCGCGCGCCCUCGCCAUGGCUCGCUGGCUGAAGGCCCUCGCGGCGCUGCUGCUGCUCACCGCGGCCGCGACCUCCGCGCGCAAGUCCGCCCCCGCCGCCCCCGUGACCAAACAGGAACCCCAGAUCGAGGAGGUCACCGCCAAGCAGCUGGAGCGCGUGCUCGACGACAAGGACUUCGUCGCGGUGUACUGGUACGCGAGAAGUUGCGUGACAUGCGACAAGGUGCUGGAGGAGCUUGAGAAGAUCGACGACGACACUGACACGUUCGGUGUGGACUUCGUCAAGAUCAACGACAAGCGGCUCGCGAAGCAGUAUGGCAUCACGAAGUUCCCCGCCCUCACGUACUUCCGUGAGAAGGAGCCGAUCAUUUACGAAGGAGAUCUCAUGGACGAAGAAAGCGUCCUGGAUUUCUUGACGAGUUUAGAAGCAAUGGACCUUCCUGACCGGAUAGAAGAAGUUAACCAAAAGAUAUUGGGUAAAAUCAUUGAAGACACAAACUACGUAGCCGUCCUCUUCUGUCCUGAUCACAAAAGUUGCGGUCCUUCAAACAAUAAGCCCGAGUGCAAGAAAUGCGCCAAAGCGUUGCAAGAAUUGGAGAACAUCGACGAUGAAGCGGAUCAGCUCGGCAUUGGAUUCGUGAAAAUCCACGACGAGGAACUAGCCGAAGAGUACAGUCUUGGGGAUCUGCCAAGACUGGUGUACUACAGGCAUCAAAUACCUAUUAUCUAUGAAGGCGAGCUGAGCCGCGAGGAAGACGUGCUGGAAUGGCUGAUCGCCAACAAGUCGACUGGCGACGAGGAGGACGUCAUCGAGGACGUCACCGCCAAGACACUCAACACGCUCAUCGGGAACGUCGACAAUCUCGUCGUGCUGUUCUAUGAUCAUGGCGAUGAAGAGUCCAUGACCGUACUAGCAGAGUUGGAGAAAAUAGACGAUGACUGCGACCGCCACGGUAUACAGUUCGUCAAGAUCGACGACGACAAGGCAGCUGAGGCGUUCGGCAUCGACAACGUGCCAGCCAUCGUUUACUUCGAGAAGCAGAUUCCUAAUGUGUAUGACGGUGACCUUGAAAAUGAGGAAGAAAUGUUGGAAUGGUUAGUAGAGCAGCUUGAAAAAGACGAGAUAGAAGACGUAACCGAUGAGAUGUUGGAUCGGUUGGUGAAGGACGGAAAGACCAUCGCCGUUCUGUUCUAUGACAACAACGACCGCAAAUCUCAGAGAGUAUUAAAUGAACUGGAAAACAUUGACGAUGAAUGUGAUGAACUUGGCAUUGCAUUUGUGAAAAUUGAUAAUGACGAAGAAGCUAAAGAAUAUGGUAUUGAGAAAUUACCGACCCUGUUGUACUUCGAAAAGGGUAUUCCAACUUAUUACGAAGGCAAUUUAGAAGAAGAAGAAAAAGUUCUUGCAUGGCUAAAAUAUCAAACAGAGAGUGAUGAAAUAGAAGAUAUCACUGACGAAAUGCUUGAUUUGAUCAUCGACAAGAUGCAAUACGUCGCAGUGCUGUUCUACGACAAGGAUCAGAAAAAGAGUCAGAAAAUUUUGGCUGAGUUGGAAAACAUAGACGAUGAAUGUGACCAGAAUGAUAUUGCAUUUGUAAAGAUCGACGAUGACAAAGAAGCUAAAGAAUACGGUAUUGAAACUAUCCCGACCAUGGUGUUCUUUGAGAAAGGUAUCCCUCAUAUCUAUGAGGGCGACUUGAUGAAAGAAGAUGAAUUACUGGGAUGGCUCCUCCACCAAAAACGCCACAGUGAAAUUCCUGAAAUAACCGAUGAAAUGAUGGACAAGCUUAUAGAAAGUACUCCGUACCUUGCUGUGAUUUUUUAUGACAAGGAGGACAAACAGGACAUUAGGAUUCUCAACGAACUUGAAAACAUAGACGAUGAAUUGGAAAAGGAAGGCAUUGUUAUAGUGAGAAUGGAUAACGAAGCUGAAGCGAAAGAAUUUGGUAUAGAUCACUUACCCACGUUGGUGUAUUUCGAGGAAAACAUUCCAGCUAUAUAUGAAGGUGAUUUGAUGAACGAAGAUGAAGUUCUGGAGUGGCUCAUUGAACAAAAAAAUACUGCAACAAUAGAAGAGGUUACCGACGAGAUUCUAACUGACCUCAUAGAAGAGCACGAAUAUGUCGUCGUAUAUUUCAGUGGAAACUGCGAAGAAGGCGAAGAAUGUGACAAUAUUCUAGAUGAAUUGGAAAACAUUGAUGAUGAACUUGAUGAAACUGGCAUUAUCUUCGUCACAACUGAAGAUGUUACCCUAGCCAAAAAAUAUGGAAUCAAAACCUUCCCUACAUUGGUGUUUUUCAGAAAUAAGGAUCCACUGAUAUAUAAGGGUGAUAUUGAAGACGAAGAUGAAGUUUUGUCCUGGUUAACUGACGAGGAUACGCUGGAAAUUCCCGGGAAAAUUGAAGAGGUCAAUUCAAAAAUGUUAGAGAAGAUCCUAGAAGAGAACGACCACGUCGUUGUAUUUUUCUACAAGGAAGGAGAUAAGAAAUCACAAAAAAUAUUAAGUGAAUUGGAGAACAUAGAUGAUGAAUGUGAAGAGAAGGAUAUUGAUUUUGUAAAGACAUCAGACGAAGGCAUUGAUAAGGAGUACGAUCUUUCUGAUUUACCUGCUCUCGCGUUCUAUAGGCACAAAUUCAGAACAAUCUAUGAAGGAGAUCUAAUGCACGAGGAAGCCAUUCUAAAAUGGGUCUUAGAACUUCAUGACUCCCAACCAGACGUGAUUGAAAGCGUCGAUAGGAAAACCUUGAAGAAUCUAAUUGAAGAUGUUGAACACUUGGCAGUAUUUUUCUAUAGUGAAGAUUGCGACACUUGUGAUGAUAUCCUUGAAGAAUUGGAAACAAUAGACGAUGACACUGACAAACACGGCAUCCAAUUUGUGAAGUCAAAGGAUUCCAAAUUGGCAUCGGACAUUGGAAUUUUCAGUUUUCCUGCUUUGGUAUAUUAUGAAACUGGUGUGCCAAUUAUGUAUGAUGGUAAUUUAUUGGAUGAAAGUGAGGUUCUGGAUUGGAUGGUAAAACAGAAGGAAGAUGAGAGUAUUGAAGAAAUUGAUAGAGACGAACUAUUCAAAUAUAUAGAGACGAAGGAGUUCUUGGCAGUAGUUUUCUACAAGGAGGAGGAUCCUGAAAGUCCUAGAGUAUUAAGACACAUAGAAUUGAUAGACGAUGAAGCAGCAGAGUAUGGUAUUAAAAUAGUCAAGUGCAGUGAUCGUUUAAUGGCAAAAAAAUAUGGAUUCCGUAAUCCUCCUGGCAUAACAUACUUUAGAAAAGGCAAAUAUAUCAAUUAUGAUGGCGAUAUAGAUGAUGAAGAGGAAAUACUUGACUGGUUGACGAAUCCCGAAAAUAUGGAAUUGACGGAUCACAUAGAGAAAGUUAAUAGGAAGAUGUUUCAUAAAAUAAGGCAAACUUCAGAUUAUGUGGCGGUGUUCUUUUACAGUAAUGACUGCAAACAGUGUCCCAGAGUGCUGGCUGAGAUUGAGCAUAUUGACGAUGAUGCCGACGGAGCUGGGAUCAACUUCGUGAAGAUCGAUGACAGGCAAAUGGCCAAAGAAUAUGGAGUAUUUGCUCUUCCUGCUGUUCUCUUCUUUAAGUUGGGAUCUAAGGAUCCGGUGAUUUACGCUGGUGACCUCUAUGAUGAACAACAGCUUUUAAGUUGGUUGUUAACGCAAAAAAAUCCUGCGGGAGAUGUAAUCGAAGCAUUAGAAGGUCAAGAUCUUCUUGAUCUGAUUGAAGAAUCUGGAUCUUUAGCAGUAUAUUUCUAUAGCAUGGACUGCGAACAAUGUGCGGGAAUAUUGGAGGAACUCGAAAACAUAGACGAUGAUUGCGAUAGGCACGGCAUUAAGUUCGUCAAAACUUUAGACUACUCAAUAGCCGAGUCAUAUGGAGUGACGGAUUUUCCAGUACUCGUGUAUUUCGAGAACAAUAUUCCAAACGUGUAUGAGGGAUCUCUUGCGGAAGAAGAGGAAGUUCUUCAAUGGCUUAUCACACAAAAAACAGAAGACCGUAUCGAACUAAUAACAAGAGUGAUGCUUGAAAAAAUGGUUGAGGACACUCAAUAUUUGGCUGUGUACUUUUAUAAGUUGAACUGCCAUAUUUGUGAUCAUAUUCUAGAGGGACUAGAAAACAUCGAUGAUGAAUGUGACGUUUAUGGCAUACAUAUGGUGAAAAUUCAGGACCCGCAGUUAGCCAAAAGAUAUUCUAUUAAAACUUUCCCAGCUAUGGUCUACUUUAGAAACGGUAAUCCACUUCUUUUCGAAGGCGAUCUACAAAAUGAAGAGUCAAUUUUAGAAUGGCUUAUUGAUGACGACAAUCGCGAGUUGGCUGAUGAAAUUGAAUCGGUCAAUGAAAGAAUGUUGGAAAGGUUACUUCAGGAGUCACCUUUACUCGUCGUAUUUUUCUACGAUGAUGAAGAUUGCACUGAAUGCGAAGAAAUUCUGGAAUCUUUAGAGCAAAUUGAUGGAGAAGUUGAUCAAUACGGAAUAGAUUUUGUAAAAAUUGCUAGUCCGGAGGCAGCUGCCAAAUACAAUGUGAUCAAUAUGCCAACACUUAUGUAUUUCCGUAAACAAGUGCCUAUGCUUUACGACGGCGAUUUACAUCAGGUCGACCGAAUUUUGCAAUGGUUAACAUCUCAAGACGUUUUUGAAAUUAAAAAUGAAAUUGAGGAAGUAAACCGGAAAAUGCUAGAUAAACUUCUGGAAGAAAACGAAUUUUUAGCCGUUUACUUCUAUGAAAAAUCACCUGAGAGUCGAACCGUCUUGGAUAAAUUAGAAAAUAUUGACAGUGAAACUGAUAAUUUGGAUAUUACAUUUGUGAAAAUGGAAGAUCCACGCUAUGCACGAAAAUGGGGUGUUACCAAACUGCCUGCAAUUGUGUAUUUCAGGAAGAGAUUCCCAAGCAUAUAUAGAGGUGAUCUCAUGUCAGAGGACGAGGUAUUGGAAUGGCUUCGGAAAAAUAGGUUUCGGCAACCGGAAUUAAAUAUCUUUAUGUACGCAUUGAUAGCUCUAUCAAUAGCGUUUGUCAUGUACACCGCGUUCUUACUUCAGUGCUUUAAGCCAGCACCACCGGCGCCAGCGCCGCACCCGAAACAAGCGUGAAAUAAUCCGCUUUAUAGACUUUUCCAGAAGAACACUUACUAUGACGUGAACAUGUUUGCCUUCCGAGGCAUUUAUGGAAUAAUUGUUUGUUAUUAUACGACCUGAUAGACAGAUGUAUUUUAAACUGAAUGGCAUGAAUCUUUUGAAGGUUUGUAAAUGCAAAUCAGAACUUACUUAGAUAAUUACAUUUUCUUGGGAUCAACUUUUACUUUGAUAGAGAUUUUUAGGGAUACGAAUGCCUAAGAUUAGUGACGGCUAUGCUUUAUGUGCGAAGCAUUAUUGAUACUAGAUUGACUUGAUACCAGGACAGAUUCUUUAGGUGUAAUAAUGUCUUAAUCCGUGGAUUAUUUAAGAUUAAUGUUUUCAAUUGUCCUAAAAUUAAUUAUGUCUUUCUCCUUAGAUUUUUUAUAUGUAUGGCAUUUUAAAUUGUUACUGUUUACUUCAUUUAAGACUGUACUAUCUUCUUGAUAGCAUAACUGUAUGGAUCUUUGUUGUAAGAUAUACCACUUCCUCGUGCAUCCAUUGUCUAGAUAUUUGUUGAUUUCAACUGGAACGGAAUCUGUCUCUUUAUAUUAUUAAUUUACUUUCUUAGCCUUUUAGUUUAUGUUGAGCCUAUGAAAAUAUUUCUGGGGUUUUUGAACUUUGCCAUUGUACAAUUACAUAAUUCACAUUUAAAAUCACGAUUUCUUUCUAGAUAAUAUCUAAUAAGAAAUAAAACUCAAAUACGUUGUAAUAUCAUUGAUGUUGAGCUAUUGUAUCAAAAAUCCAGGUUUGUUCAGAAGCUCCUGUUUUUGUGUGACUGUCCACUGGGCGGGAUGAGAUAGGCGCUCCUAUAAUACGGUGAAACCUGGUUAAGUGGGACCUGGAUAAGUGAGAAACCUCUAUUAUUGAGAGUUGCAAUGAGGUCCCAGUUCUUUUUCAAUUAAUUACCUCUGUUAAUGGGACUUUUUGAACCUGAUUAAAUGAGAUUUGAAUUCUAAGACUCUUUCGAUGUUUACCUCUAUAAUUGAAACUCUGAAGUUCAAUUACCUGUAUAAGUGAGACUAAUUAAUCAGGUUGUAACACGUUUUGACAUGUUUGUUUACAUACAUUUCGCAUCAUCUUUCGCGCAUGCUUUGUUUGUCAGUACUAUCUCAGGUUUUGACCUAAAAACAAGGGAAUAACGGCACAUUUCGACCUCUGUAAGCAGGGGCCUGUGUAAAUGAGACAACUAUAAUUUUAAACCUGCUUAAUUGGAAAACUGGAUUAUUGGAUACCCUUAAUAAUUGGUACAUAAUAUGUCUUGGUCCCUUGAGAUCCCAAUUAACCAGGUUUUACUGUAUUAAGUUUUUUACUUGUGAACAUUUAUUUUCUAAAAGGGCUAAAUAUUUUCCCAAAAUAUUUUUUCCAAAAUUACUCAUUGAUAUUCGACAAAAAACCGAGAAAUAAUUGAACUUAGAAAGUUCAAGGUUCUUAAUUUUUUUAUCGUUGUUGCCAGUCAAAUACGGUGCGUUGUUGUGUGUAUCGACCAGCGUUGCCAGUUUAUUUUUUUGCCAAGUCGGGAUUUAGGAACAUUUUGAGUGAAAAAAGCGAGAUUCUUUCGUCGAAACGCGGGGACAUAGUAAAAAAACGUAUAUAAUCAAAAAUUAUUGAAUAUUUAUCUUCAUUACGCGCCUGGCAGGCGGCUAGUCCACAGUUGUCUGCGCUUUCAGUACGCUGCACGCACGGUCGAAUUAUUUCCGAAAAGCGGGAUUGAGCCAGUCCCACGCAGGACAUUAAAUUUUUAUUUAAAAAUCGGGCAACGCUGGUAUCGACCAACGCCCACAUAACAUUUCAUAGUUAAGUAUUUCGUGUGAAGUUUUCAACGCAGUGCCCAUCAUAUUAAAGUAUCAUUCCCGCUCUUUUUGUAUGUAUAUUGUUGUGUUUAAUUAUAAUGAUACCUUCGUUAAUAAAAUGAUAAGGAAACACGAUGUUAAUGAAGAAGAAAUGCUCAAGGGAGUCGACAGUGCGUUGUGACGCACUAUUCGUUAAUUCUUGUAUAUAAAAUGUAAAUACAUAAAAUAAAUAAAAAUAGUAAAACCGUG